CCUGAGGCAUCGCUUCUAACUCUCUACGGCUAGUAUAUCUGCAUGUCUGGGCCACUGCCUUUUGGUCGCCCUUUUCACGAGCAAUGAUGGGCCAGCCUCAUUCAGGCGACAGCUGGGCUGGGCGGCGGCAGCAGCUACCCGGGCACAAUGUGUGGCACUAUUGGUGAGAAGUGACAGUUUCCAUCGAGCCCGUGUUGAGAGUGAGGCUAUAGCCUGAUGUUCGAAUUCAGCCCCUCCCCUCCUUUUCUUGAGCAAAAGCCAUAUCUUCCCGUGUCGCACGAUCGCAGCGGUCUUUCUUCUCCUCCCUCAGCGGAUCCAAGAACCCCAACUCACCUCUUGAUUGUGUUGGCCAUGGCUAACGGCGAUGUCUGUGCUGAUUGUGAGCGGGCUCAUGUCCGUGUCUGGCUCUGUUCAGCCUGCUCCGGUAUUUCAUUCUGCGACGAAUGCUGGCCAAGACAGGCUGCCCACAAGGCAAAAACCACAAAUCUCGGUAAUCGCGCUCAUGCGAAAGAAGACAAGGCCACGAUAAUGAUGAUACGCUCAAUCCUGGAACCGCCCAUGGAUCCCCAAGAGAUCAGGAAUUUGCACGACAAAGAUCAGGAUUCAAGGUGGUUCGGAGUUGUCAAGUCUUCAGACGGCAGAAAGUCAGAGUUUCACGACUUUGGCCGCUACGCUCAAUUGAUGCUGGAUAGCCGGCCACUCGGCGGCGCGGCGAGAUACCCAAAACUCGUCUCGUUCAUCGGAGACACAUAUGCCGGCAAAAGUACAAUCGUGAAAGCGCUGGUAUCUCAUGGCGGUCUGGUAUCCACAGAGGCCGACCGAAGCUCCUUCCACACCCCUGUUCCGGGCUCCAGAGCCAACGAAGGAACAGCGACGUCCGAAGGCGUACACUUGUACGCAGAUCCGGAGCAUCUGGAGGUUGCGAUGCCUAUCCUUUAUGCUGAUUGUGAGGGCCUAAAUGCGGGCGAGAAAGUCCCUUUCGCUGUGGAAGAGUCGUCCCAUUCUAGGAGGACCACAAAAGAGUCAAGUGGGCCGAGGAAAAUGAGAAAGAGAAUGCCUGGGAGAUCGGUCCCCAUUGAGUGGACUAAGGCAAACGAUCCUGUCAAAGGAACCCGGGAAUACGCUGUCACCAAUCUUUACCCUAGAUUUCUCUAUACUUUCUCUGACGCCAUUGUUUUCGUCCAGAGAAAUCCCAACCAACUUCACAUAACCUACAAGUAUCUUGUCGAUUGGGCAAAGCGCAGCGUCGAAAAAUCGCUCAAUCAGCCUAUUCUGCCCAGCGCAAUAGUGGUGCUCAACGCCGUUGAAGUGGCUGGUAAAGAGGAGAGAUGGACGAUCGAGGACGCGACGAAGAGCUUUUUCCGAGACGUUGAAAGCAUCACGACCACUGAACAUGAUCUAAAAGAGCUCGCGAGGAGCUUCGCUCCCGAAGGCGAUCGCCCCAGCUUAUCUGCCCGAGAGUUGCUUGAAUGUUACUAUCGAUCUAUUCGUGUCAUUCGCAUUCCUGCGAAAAGCUCCGAGACGUACAACUUGAUCAACAAUCAAAUCUUACAACUCCGAGAGGAAAUCGUCAGCGUCUGUCAGACCGCUCACUACGAGAAAAGCAUCAAACGCCGGUUGGCCAACGCCGACGACUUGCAGCAAUAUCUACAAGCAGGUUUCGAGCAUUUUGCCAACGACAUUGAAACACCUUUUGACUUCAGAAUGGUAUCCACGCGUAAUAAACUCAUUGCCCACGACUUUGGCGAUCACAUUUUGACGUUGGCAAGAACAAUCCACGAGAGCACUCGUCACGAGCUUCUCCAACCGAAAAUGCUCCUCGGUGGCCUGUGUUCGCUGAUAGCAUCGUGCAUUCUGUUGGAUUACGUCCGGAAUAACUUACAGGGCCCUGUGAUUGACUACUUCCCGAAAGAUUACGCUCCCUUCUGCAGGACAGCCCUACACAUGUUCUGCAACGAUGUCAUGCCUUGUGAAUACACAAGUAAGAAAAUUCCGCACUGUUUCAAUGUCAAAUCGGCCCAUGACAAGGGACACCAGAACGAGAAGGGGAAGAGAGAAAUUGGAGUGUACAAGUCUUCUCUCAUGGCUUCUUCAUACGAGAAGGUCUGGCUGAAGAAGAUUGAAGACAAGCUGAAGUCGCUCAAUAGCACUUUCAUACAACAGCUCAGCUCAAGGUAUCCACUCCACAAGCAAUCUCGAACAGAUCUCUCCGGCGACGACGAAGGCUCCAUCUCGACAGACAUGAAAGUAGUCUCCAGGUUACAUGAGGAGAAGCUCGCCGAGUUCUUCUCGUCUCAGAUCAAAUCCUCGCGAGACUUCAUUAGCUGUCUGAGCUGCUUUCGGUGCCUCAUGGCCACGCCGGAACAUGCCUUGGAAUGUGGCCACAUCCUCUGUGAUUCCUGCAUUCGAGAGCACGGAGAGGAACAAGACGAUCUGAUAACUCUGGUCGGAAGCUGUCCCUUACACGGAGGAAAGAGAUCCAUGAACUGGGAAAUAGCCAAAAAACCCGAAUUUGCAGGCCUGCGGAUUCUGUGCCUGGACGGGGGAGGGAUACGUGGAAUCGUAGAGCUCGAGAUUCUAGCCGCCAUUGAGAAUUGCAUCAACAACUAUCAUUCAACUCCUGGAAUCCAAAUCCAGCAGCUGUUCGACCUGAUUGUUGGAACUAGCACCGGUGGUAUCGUCGCCCUCGGUCUUGUAGCAGCUCAGUGGCCCGUAUCCGAAUGCACGCGCAGAUUCAGGUCUCUUUGCAAAACAGCAUUCUCCGAACGGGAAUUUGCAGAUACGGUCUUCGAGAAAUUGGCGACGUUGAACCACGGGAGCAAAUAUAGGACGACACCAUUGCAUAGAGUUUUGCAAGAGUCCUUUGGUGACGACCUUCUGUUUGGAGGAAAGAGUAACGCCGCGAGAUACGCCACGAAGGUAGCUGUGGUGUCUACGUCAGGCACGGGGAACCGAGCCUUGAUCAUGGCCAACUACAACCGACAGCAAGCAUCUGAUCCCGGAUACACACUGGAGACCGCCAGGGCCCCGAGCGAAGCAUUUCAUGUCUGGGAAGCUGCCGCGGCGACGUCGGCUGCUCCGUCAUAUUUCAAACCUUUUGUGAGGCGUGGAAGAACUUACCUUGAUGGCGCCAUCAAUCACAACAAUCCUGUGAUUAUCGCGAAAAGAGAGCGAAGGUUGCUGUGGCCAGAUGUCGAAUCGCGCCACCCAGAUAUUUUUCUCUCACUUGGUACGGGUCAGCAUGCAACAGAGAUGAGCCGAAAACUGGAGAGACUCUCUGGUCAUUCCAGAGAGGAUCACCUACGAAGAAAGCAGCAGAAAGAAGCACCACGAGACUCUCGAAAGCGUUAUCGAGCCGUGAAAGGCAUCAAAAACUAUUUCAGCGUCCUGGUCGACAAAAUCGACAACAUCCUCGACACUGAAUGGUCCUGGCACGAGUUCUAUCGCGAUACGGUGGGCGAACAGUGGGCAACGGAAUUUGCGUCCCAUUAUUUCCGCAUCAACCCUGACCUUAAACAAAAGCCACCACCGUUGGAUGCGAAACACGAGGUGGAUAACCUUCGGGGGAGGGUACAUAAACUGCUCAGACAGCCUCCAUUGUCCCGCGAGGUUACGGAAAUUGCCAACGCUCUCGUCGCCAGCACCUUCUACUUCAAAAAGGACGAGUCUCAUGUCUAUGGCGACAAGAAAAACCGGGCGUUUGUGUGCACAGGACAUAUCCGCUGCAAGCUCGCUCACCAGGACCAGAGCAUCAAAACCCUAGCUGAAUUUCUCCAGAACCAUAUCAUCGGAGACUUUGUUCCCAGCUUUGUUGCGAAGAAGCGUCUGACUUCCUCGGAAGAAUUCACGAUCUUCGAUCUCGAUAAAAAGUUCCUCGACGACAUGUAUACUCGCAAAGUAUUCAAGGGCACUUACCAUGCAGAGAUUGAGCUCCGGGACCGCGAAGAGUCAGUCUACAUCCUUCUCCGGCUCAGGCAGCCUAACUCGAAACCAAACAAAGUCCAUACAUGCGACUACCCCAUCAGCGGCUUUCCGCGCAAAUUUAUCGUGGAGCACGAGAGAAAUGCGUCGAGAAUGCAGAAGCGAGUGCAGGAACUGGCAAGGCGUCGUGAAGCUGCGAGCGAGGCUGCAGCUUCGUUGCCAUUGUCACCUACCAUCCAGCCCAGCCCCUCAAGGUCGUCAUACAACAUUACUCGCGUGCCGACUACAGAGAGCCUGACAGAUUCGGAUCCAGAAUACGACGAUGGUCUCCUGUCAGAACAAGUGCUGAAAGAGUAUGAGGCGUGGUCGGUACCAGACUGAAUUGUGUGGCUUGGUGAAGGUUCUCAUUGGGGAGGUUAUUGCGACUCCGUGUUCGGUGGUCAUCUAAAGAUCUUGGUAGAUAGGUUUCACUCUCAUUAAUCAUAUUCCUUCC